AUGGACGACUGCGAGCUUAGCCGGCUCCUCGGGCUCUUCGGGGACCGCGUCGCCUUGACGGGGACCGAGCAGGAGCCGCUGCCAGGCAAGACGCUGCCGACCAAGACUCCUGCCCAUCGGGUCUCGUCCUUCCAUGCGGCCGAGCCGAGCCGCUGGUACCGCGAGACGACGCCGGACGAGACGCUUGCGACGCUCCGAGAAUUUGCGACCGCCCUGAGCAAGGAGCAAGACUGGGUGCACAUGCGCAAGCGCAAAUGGGCCGAAGCCAAGGAGACGGCGCCGCCACAUGACGACGCUCCGUCCGGGCCCAGUGUUGACGUCUACUUUGACGAAAUCCAUCCCAGGGAGUGGCCGCAUGUGCCGGGAAAGGACGUGCAGGCGUGGGACCGAUCCCUCGACGCGACGCACGACCUGCAGCUGCAAUGCGCGACCAAGCUCCUUGCGCUUCCACCGGGGGCCCUGCGCUACGAAGCCAUCGACCUCGACGCCUUUAUCACCGACGUCUGCGCGUACAUGACGGCCUGCGGCGUUACGAUGCGCUACCCGUACGAGCCUUUAACGAACGCGCCUCAGACAUGGAGUCGUGCGACGUGGCACGCGAUGCUCGUGCUGCUCGCGCUGGCCGUGCACCUGCAGUCGUCGUCGCUCCUCCAGUUUGUGGCCUGUACGAUGCUCCACCUCGGGUCGUCCUGCGACCUCGUCGCCCUCUCGACAGUCGACGACCGCGAUUUGCUGCAGCAGAUAUUGCGUCCCCUCGCGCACUUUCCAAACAAUGACAGCAACGCGAGCCCGAACCGUGAGUUCCCGCGCCUCGCGCUGCCCGUGCCCCGGUGUCUCGUCGGGUCGUGGUCCAUCGACGCGUCGAUGCUGUCGAUGCGCGAUGCGUUUGCAAGUGACGGGCGGUUCUUGUACAUCUUUUGCCGUGCGGGCUUGCUCAAGGUCGGGACGGGCGCCGGCGACACGCUCCGCAACGUAGUGUAUGCGCGGAACCACGAGUACGUGCGCGGCGCCGACGUCGAGCGCUCGUGGCUGUGCCUCGUGGGCGACCACUUGUACUGCCGCACGAUCACCAUGCCGGGUCUGUGCAUCGACCGCAUCAGUCUCGACCUCGCCCAUAUUGCGCCGCUUUUGCUCUGCGCGGCCAAAGACGGCGUGACGCCAAGCAGCGUCUACGCGCUCGUGUCGCAAGGCGACUACCUCUACGCCAUCACGUGCAAAGACCCGCUGCAGGCGCACAAAUCGCCCAUGCCGCCGACGCUGCACCGGUCCAAGCACGCGAAACGCAAGUCGGAAAAGGCGCUGCAGAUCGUCGACCUCAACCCGAUUGCCGUCGGGAACCGUGUCGUGCGUGGUCCCGACUGGAAGUGGUCCAACCAAGAUGGUGAGCCAGGCAGCGUCGGGACCGUCGAGCGCAUCUCGACGUGGGGCGGCAUCAAAGGCAGCGGGAUCACCGUGCGCUGGGACAAGAACCAACGCAUGAACACGUACCGGUGGGGUGCCGAGAGCUGCUUUGAUAUUCAGAUCGUCGUCGAAGAUGCCGACGGUCGCAUCAUUGCGCACACGCCGCUCGUGCGCCCGAUAACUGACUAUGCGUCGCCGCUGCUCGCGGCGUUGGCGCCGUCGCUGAGUGCCUCGCCGCCGCCGCUCGUCGUCGCGCAGUACGACGUGUCGACGCUCCAGCGCCUCGUCGAUGUGAGUGAAGCCGAAAUAUGGUGUCGAUGA